UCACACAGCAAGGAGCAAAGAUCAAGUUUUUGGCUUUUUACCCCCUAUUUUUCUCCAUUAAAAACAUUUAAAAACAACAAUUUUUAAUAAAUCAUCAUGGUGUUGGGCAUGAUGUGGAAUUUCAUCAAGAGACAUAAGAAGAAAUUCGUUUUUUCUGGAAUUCUGUUCGGAGGGUCCUGGUUGAUGUAUAAAUAUUUAGUUAAAAGGGUGAAAGAAUUAAAAGAAGAAGAGGAACAGGAAUAUAUCAAUCUUGUCAGACGUCAGCACCAUUUUGAAAGUAAUCAAAAAACCUGCAACAUGACAGUUAUAUCAAUGAUUCCGAACAUUCGAGAUAUUUUACUGAGUAGAUUAAAUACUGAAGAAUAUACUAGUCAACUUAAAAAUCAACCAGCUAAUAAAUUAGAGUUAUGGUCCUUGUUAAAAACAAAUAGUUUUGCUCGUACGAUAUCCAGUGUAUAUGGUUGUUGUUUGAUGUCGUUGAUUCUCCGAGUUCAGUUAAAUAUUAUCGGAGGUUAUAUAUUCCUGGAUAGUUCUCAGACGUCAGAAAACAGCCGUGUUCAACACCAAACUUCUAAAUCAGUCCAAGAACGAUAUUUAUCUUUGAUUAAACAUUUCGUUGGACCUGGUUUUGAGGAGUUGAUAAACAGAAUAGUCAAAUGUACUAGUAAAGAAUUAGAUAGUGUAGCAUUAAGAGAAGAGUUAACAUUAAGUAAUGUAGAAGCAGUAAUACAACAUGUCCGAGGUCGUAUUGAUGAUACUCUCAACUCAGCGUUACCUUUAUCGUCUUAUCUUCUACCUUCAGAAUGUUUUACAGAUAUAGUGAAGACGCCUGAUGAAGAAUUGUAUGAAAAGUUGGUGACAGAAACAAGAGAUGUUUUAGACAGUGAUGACUUUAAAAUGGUUUUAGCAACUUGUUUAAAUCAGGGUUUCUCCAAAAUAUUUGAUUUUUUAGCUGACCAUUAUAAAAAACAAUCCAACUCAAAGACCGAUAUACAUGAAGUUAAAAUACCAAUGGCUAAAAUUAUACCUUUUGUGAAUGGUCUCGUGUUUAAAAUACUACAUGGUAAUAAUUUUAUACAGGAAUUGUUGUUAUUAGAGGAUGUAAAAAAACUAGCAGGGAAUAUUUACGAAUCAUUUUGUAAUGUACAUUGAAUACUUCAUAUUCAUAACAGCCAUUGUCAUAUUGUACUAUUUUUGGACCAGUUUUUGCUCAAAUACCAACCCUAAAACAGUUUUAGCUUUCCUGCAUUGGUUUAUUGUCCCAUCCAAGAUUUGAUAUAUUCGAGGUUAUGAAUGUUUAUGUAAAUGAUAUUUUGUUGUGUAAAUGUCUUUGUUAUAUUUCUAUCCCGUGUCAUAUCUAUAAUAAAUGAUUACCCAAUUC